UAAUUAAAAUGCAGCAGCAAUCAGUGACAAGUGAAAAGUUUUUGUUUGUGUUCGCUAACGGGCUAAGAUCAACGAUCCUCAUCGGGAAUAGAGCGCAACUCAGUGACUCAGAGAAGGUCUAGAGCGGGCAGAAAAUAGACCACAGCAAAAGCCUCGUACAAAAUGAUCACCUAAAGCCAAAAUCAGUGCAAAUACCAAAAAAAUCUAUACCAAAAAACAACUAAGAGAAGCAACAACUCCUAACUCAAACAUAGUUUAAUUGGCACUGGAAAUAAACAAAAAGAAUAUAUAAAUGUAAAUUGAUUUCUAAGCCCAAGGCUACCAAAGGCACAGCUAAACCGGGCGAGUAAAACCCAAAACCCCAAAAAUUCAACACCAAAAAAACGUAACGCAAACCACCGCAAAAAAUUGUUUUAGAUUAACAAAAAACAGGGAGAGAAAAGGAGAAAAAAAACACAACACAACCCAAACAAAAUACAAAAAUUGCAAUUUGCAUCAUCAACAAAAUGACGCUGUGCAUAUCGCCGGAAUACGGAAAUCAUCGAGGGCUCAUCAUUCCUAGCUUUGUGCUGCUCCUGAUUUCGGUCACCUUGCCAAUUACCCGGGCAGGACGCAUCUUUGACGUCACAAAUCUGGACUACGUUAAGGUAAAUGCCGAGGCGGGCAAAAACGUGACCAUUCCGUGUCCUGGGGUCAACGAGCACUCGCUGGUGGACACGCUUGUGUGGAAAACGGCGUCCACGACCAUUGCCCAGUUUGCCAAUCGGAUACCAUUGCUGCACAGUCCAAGGAUACAACUUUUAUCGGACAACUUUGGACUGCAGUUCACGCCCUCCUUGGCGAGUGAUACAUCGGAGUAUAUUUGUCUGGUAAACGAUCGGCAUAUACCAGAGGCUAUUGUCGAUUUACUAGUGCAAGAUGUGCCCGAUCCGCCGGAGCGUCCAUUGUUGAUAAGUUUCACAUCACGCUCGGUGAACUUAUCCUGGGCGCACUCGCAGCAUCCACGGAAUGCGCCCGUCACGCAUUUUAUUAUUGAAACGCGAGAGGGCGAGGAUGGCAUUUGGGAGCAGCUUGCCAGGAUCUACACAAAGACGAAUGCCACAUCAUAUCAGGUGACGGGACUCACGCCCUUCACCGUCUACAGCUUUCGCCUGUUGGCGGUCAACAAGCUGGGCAUCAGUCCGCCGUCCAAGGAGUCCUACUACAUAGUCACGCUGCGCGAGGCUCCCACGGGCAAGCCCAUACCCACGACGGCGCACAACACGUCCUCGACGUCGGUGUACAUCUCGUGGAAGCCACCGCCGCCGGAUACCAUACUGGGCGAGUUCCUUGGCUACCGCAUCACAUAUCGGCCUCGCGAUCGGGACCCCAACGAUACCAAGGAGAUCUACAUAAGGGACAAUACCGUGGAGAGUCAUGAAAUACAGAAUCUGCAGACAUACACGCAGUACAAGGUGACCGUGCAGGUGUUCAAUCCGGAGGGACUGGGACCGGAGACCACCAUUCUGGUGAUGACCGACGAAGGAGUGCCAAGCAAACCCCAGAAUCUCACCGUCUUGGAUGUGUCGGCCAACAGCAUCACCAUGUCCUGGCAUCCGCCCAAGAAUCAGAACGGAGCCAUUGCCGGCUAUCAUGUGUUUCACAUUCAUGACAAUCAAACUGGCGUGGAAAUUGUGAAAAACUCAAGGAACUCGGCGGAGACUCUAAUACACUUUGAGCUGCAGAAUUUAAGACCCUAUACCGAUUACCGUGUAAUUGUCAAGGCUUUUACCACUAAAAACGAGGGUGAACCCUCCGAUCAAAUUGCCCAGCGGACGGAUGUCGGAGGACCCAGUGCCCCUGCCAUUGUGAAUCUCACCUGUCACUCGCAGGAGUCCAUCACAAUACGCUGGCGAAGACCCUACGAAUUCUACAACACCAUUGAUUUUUAUGUGAUUAAAACACGACUGGCUGGCCAGGAUACGCAUCGGGAUAUAAGGAUAAAUGCCUCGGCCAAGGAACUGGAGACGGCGAUGAUCCUACAAAAUCUAACCACCAACUCUUACUACGAAGUCAAAGUGGCAGCCGCAACGUUCAGUGUCAUAAAUCCAAAGAGAAUAGUGCUGGGAAAAUUUUCGGAGUCAAGGAUUAUACAACUGCAACCGAACUGCGAGAAACUUCAACCUCUGCUGCGACAAUCGCAUAAUGACUACAACCUGGCCGUUUUGGUGGGCAUUAUCUUCAGCUGCUUCGGCAUCAUCCUGAUCAUCAUGGCCUUCUUCCUGUGGAGCAGAAAGUGCUUCCAUGCGGCCUACUACUACCUGGACGAUCCACCGCAUCAUCCGAAUGCCCCGCAGGUGGACUGGGAAAAUCCCGUCAAGAUCGGCGAUGAAAUCCGUGCCGCUGUUCCCGUCAACGAAUUCGCCAAGCAUGUGGCUUCUUUGCAUGCCGAUGGAGAUAUUGGAUUCAGCAGGGAAUACGAGGCCAUACAGAAUGAGUGCAUUAGCGAUGAUCUGCCAUGUGAGCACUCGCAGCAUCCGGAGAAUAAGCGGAAGAAUCGAUACCUGAACAUUACAGCUUAUGACCACAGCCGCGUCCAUUUGCAUCCCACCCCUGGCCAAAAGAAGAACCUGGACUACAUCAAUGCCAACUUCAUUGACGGCUACCAGAAAGGUCAUGCUUUCAUUGGCACCCAGGGCCCCUUGCCCGACACCUUCGACUGCUUCUGGCGGAUGAUCUGGGAGCAAAGGGUGGCCAUUAUUGUGAUGAUCACCAAUCUGGUGGAGCGUGGCAGACGCAAGUGCGACAUGUACUGGCCCAAGGAUGGUGUGGAGACCUAUGGUGUGAUCCAGGUCAAGCUCAUCGAGGAGGAAGUAAUGUCCACCUACACGGUUCGCACUCUGCAGAUCAAGCACUUGAAGCUCAAGAAGAAGAAGCAGUGCAAUACCGAGAAGCUGGUCUAUCAAUAUCAUUAUACCAACUGGCCGGAUCAUGGCACUCCAGAUCAUCCCCUGCCCGUACUGAACUUUGUCAAGAAAUCCUCGGCUGCCAAUCCCGCCGAGGCUGGGCCCAUAGUCGUGCACUGCAGCGCUGGCGUUGGUCGCACUGGAACCUACAUUGUCCUGGACGCCAUGCUCAAGCAAAUCCAACAGAAAUCGAUUGUGAAUGUCUUUGGCUUCCUGCGUCACAUUCGAGCACAAAGGAACUUCCUCGUCCAGACCGAGGAGCAGUACAUAUUCCUGCACGACGCUUUGGUGGAGGCCAUUGCCUCCCGGGAGACGAAUCUGCUGGCCGAGCAGGUGGAGGAGCUGAAGAACUGUACCCCGUAUUUGGAGCAGCAGUACAAGAACAUCAUUCAAUUCCAGCCAAAGGACAUACACAUUGCAUCGGCCAUGAAGCAGGUGAACUCGAUCAAGAAUCGCGGCGCCAUCUUCCCCAUUGAGGGCAGUCGAGUGCAUUUGACUCCGAAGCCGGGCGAGGAUGGCAGUGACUAUAUCAACGCCUCCUGGCUGCAUGGCUUCAGGAGAUUGAGGGACUUUAUAGUCACCCAGCAUCCGAUGGCGCACACGAUAAAGGACUUCUGGCAGAUGGUCUGGGACCACAAUGCACAGACUGUCGUGCUGCUCUCGUCGCUUGACGAUAUUAACUUUGCCCAGUUUUGGCCGGAUGAGGCCACGCCCAUCGAGAGCGAUCACUAUCGCGUCAAGUAUCUGAACAAGACGAACAAGAGCGACUAUGUGAGCCGGGACUUUGUCAUCCAGUCGAUACAGGAUGACUACGAGCUGACGGUCAAGAUGCUGCACUGUCCCAGCUGGCCGGAGAUGUCGAAUCCCAACAGCAUCUACGAUUUCAUUGUCGAUGUGCAUGAGCGCUGCAAUGACUAUCGAAAUGGACCAAUCGUCAUUGUAGACAGAUACGGUGGCGCCCAGGCGUGCACCUUCUGUGCGAUCUCAUCGCUGGCCAUCGAAAUGGAGUACUGUAGCACGGCGAAUGUUUACCAGUACGCCAAGCUGUACCACAACAAGCGGCCCGGGGUGUGGACCUCCAGCGAGGAUAUACGCGUCAUUUACAACAUACUUUCAUUUUUGCCUGGCAAUUUGAACCUGCUGAAGCGCACGGCGCUUCGGACUGAAUUCGAGGAUGUGACAACGGCCACGCCGGAUCUCUAUAGCAAAAUAUGCAGCAAUGGUAAUGUUCCACAGCAUGUCAUACUGCAGCAGCAGCAGCUAGGGAUGCAGCAGCAGCAGCAGCAGCAGCUGAAUCUGACCACACUCCAUGAUACACCGCCCGAUACUAAUCCAAGCCUAUCGCCCAUUCUGUCAUUGUUACCGCCCGCAGUUGUCCCGCUGUCCAAUUCAUCCACACCACCACCAACAUCACCAUCCCCACAGACCAUCAUUGAACUGCCCUCACCCGCUACUCCAACUGCAGCUUCGAAUACGGCCACAACAACACCAACAAUUCCAAUCACAACAACGACAACACCUUCACCACUCGCCUCCCCAAACAGUUUAACCCAUACUAAUGCCAAUUUCCAUACUGUUACUAAUGCCAAUGCUGCUAAACUCAUGGAACUCGAACUCAAUUUCGAACAACAACAAAUGCAACAUCAACAACAACAAAUGCUGGCCCGGAUUCAACAACAAACGCAACUUCAACAACAAUACAACACGCAUCAUCAACACAACAACGUUGUUGGUGAAAUGCUGAUGAAUCCCACAAUUCCUCCAACAACCGCCUUGGAAAUUGCACCAACAACCACACCCGCGUCGUCACCAACAACUGCAACGAUGGUCAACAACAAUAAUAUUGACAACAACAAUAUUAAUAAUGUCACAACCACAAAUGCAGCAGCGACAGAUGCUCAAAACUUAGAUAUUGUAGGCUAAACUAAAGAUAAAUUUACAGAGAGAAAAAUUUAAAUCAUUUUAUAAAUGUUUAAAUAUAAAUAUUUAAAUUUAAAAUUACAUUUAAAACCAUACGAUUACGUAUACAUAGCGAUGUAUUUAUUAACAUUUAAGUCGUUUAAGUGAGGAGAACAACACAUAAAUUAUUAUUCAUUCGCCGCGUAGCAAGCUCAUGUUUUAACUUUAAUUUAUUACGCUCAGUUGUUCUCUAUAUGUACUGUCUAAAUUAUUUCGUUUUUCUGUCAUUUUUAUACAUACCAUAUACCUUUAAAUUUAGGUUUUUAAUAUAACUAUUUUGUACAACCAUUUUAGUCAGAGGGGGAAAAAGUCAAUCGAAAAUAGUUUUGAGGCAAGGAAAGAGCAAAAGUUAAUCACAAAUUGAAACAAAUGGCAACGUAGCAAAAUGCACAAAUCGAACGAGAGUAGGUUUAAAAGAAAACACAGCAGACAUUUGUCUAUAUAAAAUAUAAAUAUAUAACAUACGCGUAAUGAUUCGUUAAUGCAGGUUAAAGCUGCACAACACACUUGUGCCAUGAUUUCUUAAGCUACCCACAAAGCAAGCUCCUAUUAAAGUAAUGAUUAUUAGUUGAAUUUAUCGAGUUAACUCUUUGCAUUUCGAAUUGAUUCAAUGUCCGUCCUAGUAUCUGUUACCUUUCCAGUUCUGUUUCUGUUAAGCUCCAUUUUGACAAAUUGGAAGGCGAAUUUAAUACAAAAAGAGCACAAAUAAACCGAAUUAGCAAAAGCACACACACAUCACUGUAAAUCCCCAAAGUAAAAUCAGCACCAAGAGCACGAGAAAACAUCACGGAAAUAAAUUUGUAAAUAGAAAUGAUAGGUCCAGGCAACUGCACUGGAUCCUAAGUAUACUCCUCUUCCUGCAAAAGCUAAGAAAGAAUAUUGUAAAAUAAACCCUACAGCGAUAAGUUAAUGUACAACUAAAAAUAAACGCAAGCAAAAAGUAUUACUAUAAAUAUAUAUAUAUAAUUAACAAUACAUGUGAAGAAGAGGGAGAUGAAAUAAUAGAGAGCCCCCGAAUGCAUAACUUGA